AUGUCAUGUAUGCUAAAUCAGCUUCUAGAAGGGGAUGCACCAUGUGGUGUGGAACUGGCACCAGGGCUCCGAUUAAAUCAUUUACAGUUUGAUGAUGAUUCUUUAUUUUUUUCACAUUGUGAUUCAAAUCAGUAUCAGAGACUGUCAAUGGGAGUGGAAGCCUUCCUAUUUGUUUCAGGCCUAAAGGUUAAUUUUAGCAAAUCCGCAGUAUAUGGUGUAAAUGCUCCUCAAUCAGUAGUACAAGAUGCAGCAAAUUGGUGGAAUUUCAAGGUGGGCUCGCUGCCUUUUAUUUAUCUUGGGUCUCCCCUUGGCGGUAACCCAAGAUGGUUGUCUUUCUGGAAUCCAGUUUUGGAUACACUGGCAGCGAAAUUGGGGUCAUGGAGUUCCCACUUUCUGUCCUUAAGCGGGCGAUUAGUUCUGAUUAAGUCGGUCCUGAAUGUUGUUCCGUUGUACUAUAUGGCUCUUUAUAGAGCCCCGAAGGGGAUAAUCACUCGCAUGGAAAAGAUCAUGCGUCGCUUCUUGUGA